AUGGAACGGCCUAGCAAACGACCGCGAACAGGCCCUGCGCCCUUCGACGACGAAGAGGUUGUUGGCGAUGAGCUCAACCACCAGCCCGAGGAGGUCAACCAACUACGAGACCCCGGCUACCAACUCGAAAAAGCCCGAUCCUACGCUGCUUUCAAGCUGAAGUCUGCUUUCGAGAACAUCUUUGAAAAAUACGGCAAAGACUUUGAUGGCAUUGGCGACGAAAUCGAUCUGAGAACUGGCGAAAUUGUUGUCGAUAAUGGCCACAUAAAAUCUCUGAAAACAAACACGAUCGGCGUCGAGAAUGAUGAUGACGAUGACGACGAGUCUGGAUCCGAGUCGGGAACCGAGGAAGAGACGAUAAUACCGGGACAAGAAAUCAAACAGAAUGCGACUGCGUUGCAAACCGUUCCGCGGCCUCUGCCCUCGAUAACGCCACCAUCACCUUUCGGCGCGCUUGGUCCUGGUUACAACUCGUUUGGAGGGUCACCAUCAGCUUUUGGCGGGUUUGGUCUAGGCUAUAACUCGUUUCCUGGAGGGCCUCACCAGAUGCCUAAUAUGAUGUAUCCCGGUCAGGCGCAAUUCCGGCUGUUUCCAAUGCCGUCUGGUGCGUUCAGUUCUGCGAACGCUUCGAUCGAUCCUGCGUGGAGAGCACCCGACUUACCUCCGCCCGUUUCCUGGGGAGGAUUCUGGACUCCUGGCAUCCAAACAAGGGUCAAGACGGUGGCCAAGGUGCAGCAGCUUAUUGCCGGCACUAAUCAUGCUGAGGAGGGCGAAGAUGAGGACGAUAUUCUUCUAGAUGUCUCGACGACUGUAAUCACCAAGGCUACUGAGAAUGGCCCGGUUAUCACCAAGAAGCUGGCACCCUUUCGUCCUCCAUCCACUGUCUCUUCCCCAGCCAAUCACCAGCUAAAGAAACCCGCGGCCACUUCGACCCCGAAGUCAGUUGGCAAGCCUGAUGCUGUGAAUACAAGUGGAGAGAAAAAGAAACCCCCCAAGAGGAAGACACCAGCGAAAAAGACGCCAGCAAAAACGAACCCUGUGGAAGAGUGGAUUACUGGUCGGGUGGAGGCAACAGACAUCCACGCUGGUGCUUCUCCUGUAGUUGACGGUCCAUCGGCUGACACUCAACCUGUUAUUGAACCAGAGCCUGCUGUCGAGCAGAUGCCAGUUGCUGAGAAGCCAGUUGGGAGCAACAAUGAAGAGGUGAAGAGAAAAAGGACGCCGAACAGAAAGACGCCAACCAGUGACAAAUCCUCGGCGCAAAACGCUAAUGUCUCGAGGGAAAACCAUGUAAAAUCUGCUCCUGUUCCCAUGGCAGAAGAAUAUGUUACAGCGGCUGAAUCUGAAACUCAGCCUAUUGUUGAGUAUGAGCCCAGGAUUGAAGAUUGGUCUGAUAAGCCUUCUGUUGACAAGUCCGGGGUCGAGGCUGCUCUUGUCAAGGACCCUGCUGUUGGCACGCAUAAGAGGACAUCCAAGAGGAAGACUCCAACGAGGAGGGCUUCGACAAGAGAACAAGAUUGUCAGGGGUCAAGCACUAAUCCGUCGGUGAAUAAUAGCAACCAGUCCGCGUUGGCUCCUCCAGUUGAGCAGCUUUUAGUCGGGGCUCAACUUGUUGAGAUUCAAUCUUCUCUGACAACUCAAAGCGUUUCCGAACAGCCCUCUGUUCAAGAGACUACUGUAAAAGAACCUGUGGUGGAGAAGACAUCUAUCGACGAAGGUCCCGUUGCCGAAAGCGAGCCUCCUUCCGCUGGGGGUGAUGAAGACCAGUUUACAAGCGUCUCAGCGGCUGUCACUAAGCCAGUAAAUCACGGUCUUCCACAGAUACCGAAUUCUACCGAUUCAAGGACGACGAGAAUGAGGAGGCGCCUCUCGGUGCGAGAUCAGCCUUCUCCAGUUGGGGCCAAGGGAUCACGGGGAGAACAACUUGCCUCGAGAUAUGAACGGCCUCUCUUUAAUGGAGAAUCAAACGCAAAUACCACGUUACCGCUACAAUACUACAGCCCCAGCCGCGGCGCACUUAUUACAAAGCCAAGCAACCAGAAACUUUGGGUCGAGAUACCAGUAGAUGGCACCUUGGACCCUAAGGCCUUCCAAGUUGUUGUUGAUGACGAUACCCUAAUAUCAGAAGUUCCAGCACUGGAAGAAGGAACAGAAACUAUGGCAACAGAGGAACUGACGUGGGAUGACGUUGCCAAACCUCAAUUUCUUCGCGGCCCUGAAACUCAAACAGAGGUUGUCGAAGAACAAAGCCCGCCAACCAGUGAUGCGCCACAGGAGGUCUUUACGAGGAAUGUUGUCGACUCGGCAUAUGCUUUCUCUGACGAAGAUGAGCCGGCCAUACCAAAGACGAAGGUUCAACGGGUUGAACUUCGUGAACCCGACCCCAAAUCCAAGCCCGUGGAGAACCCCAGUGUAACAAAAUUUGGGAUACCAACGCCAUCGUCGUCCUUUGACCGCGGCGACCAAACCAUUGGCUCAGAAGCUACUUCACAAACGGAAAUACCGGUGGAGGAACUCCCAGUCAUCUCAACAGCCAUGACUACAGAGACUGCUCAACAGACACAAACAACAGGCUCGGUCCUGCUCGACAAGACCAACACUAACAGCGAAGGACUACAUUCACUGCCUGAGCCUGUACAGGUUACCAAACCUAAGCGGGGUAGGCCGGCAAGAAAACCCAAAACUCCGUUAGAUUUGGGCGAUACCAUCUCACCAGGGGUAACGAGUAAGCCUGCCGUAGCAGAAAACUCAUCCGAGCCGUCGCCCUUUGCUACCGCUUUAGCGUCGAUUCUGCCUAGGAGACAGAGUUUGAGGUUAUCAAGGGGAAGACGGGAUUCAGAUGUCACCAUUGCAGAGUCAACAACGCCACAACACGCAACAGCUACGGCGUUCCAGCACGGAGAUCAGUCUGUUAUUAUCCAGGAGAGUCCACAACGCACACCCGAACCCGAACUCGAGCCUGAAGAUGAGGCUGGAGGACCAGCUAGCCCAACCUUGAGUGCGACCAUUCCGGCGUCUCCCAAGUUGUCAGAGAAUUCAGCCCUUGAUCAAGAGCUUCCGGAGAACAGCUUGCUUGAAGAGGCAAUAGCUCGUCAACGGUUUUGGUCUCCUAAGCCUGAGUCCAUAAUACUAGGUCACGAGCCAUCACCACCGGAGCCACGAGCAAUCACAAUCUUGGAGGUCCAGAUCCCCUCCAGACAGAUGUCACAAGUAGAAAAAGUCAUGGACAUCGUGACUCUAUCUGAGCCGAUUCCACCUACCUCGCCAUCACCUCCGCCCCAGGAACAGGAAUCCAUCAUUAUCGAAGAUAUCCAACCCCAGCAGCAACCAGAGCAACCAACGACCCCUCUGAAAGCAAAGCCACGGAGAGGACGCUCGCCCUCUGCUGCUUCUCUUCCUACAGCAACCAUCACCACAGUCACCAAGGUCAAGAUCAAAUCAGGUCUCGGCCCAGGGUCAGGUUCAGGACCACGGUCAAGCAGGAAAACAACCCGAACACCUUCCACCACCACCACCACCACCACACGCACCCCCGCCGCUGUUCCGAUCGCCUUCUCCUCAAAGUGGACACUCCCACUCAAACAACAGUCCCAAUCCCAAGCCCAAACGCCCGGCACAUCUAAAUCCACCAAAUCCAUCCUCUCCCUCAUCUCCGACACAGACGACGACGAAGACGAACUCACGCUUGAUUUCGCCACCGGUACACCGUCGUCAGGGACAGUCAAUUCUAUAAGAAAGAGGGGGAGGCCGAAGAAAUCUAUCACCACCGCCGCCGGCACCACCAGUAGUGGCGUACCCAAACCACAAUCAACAGCGAAGAAGACGACCACGUCAUUACUUUCUUCGUCUUCUCUCCUCCUCCGCACGCCUUCCCGCAUACCUCCAAGGAAGACAACUAGUCUGGCGAAGAUUGCUUCUUCUAUUAGUAUUAGUGUUGGUGUUGGGAGAUCAGCUUCUACUCCAACUGCCCGUGCCGUGACUCCGAGUGCUGGCUCCGAAGCAGAGGGAGAAGAGUUUGUGGGGUCUGAGGUGAUCCAGACUCCAGGCGGGACGCUGAGAAGGUGUGGUGAGGCUGGGUUUAGGUGUGAUAGGGAUUUUUGCUUUGGGUGUUUGUAG